GCUAUUUGUUCUGUUAAAUCUCGUCUGUCCGGAGUCUGCGUGCAGUCUGUGGUCCGGCAGAGUCCUCCGUCUUUUUCCCAACAUUUCUCCGUCCAGGAAUACAAAAAGUGACGCUUCGCCAUGACCGGCUGCUUAUAGAGGCAAAGGAGGACCAGCGGUGACAACUUCGUAUCCCAUUCACUGUCUUCACAGGAGUAUAUCUGUCUUUUUUCCCCCCCUCCUCGGCUUGAAGAAGAAGAAGACGCUGCUGCGCGUCCUCCGCUUUUUAAAGCAAACUCGCUAACUUUGUUGUGGCUCCAUGCGGGAGAGGAAACACUUGGGACGGAUAUUUCAGCUUCUUUUCUGCCAGCACGGAUUGUGAGCUGUCGUGUUUGAGCACAGGAAUGUCUCAUUCUUCGCCGUAGCCUCCAUGUAAUCUUUUUUUUUUUUUUGUUGUUGUCGUCCAGCUCUUCGCCCAGCGGACUCUGAGCUGCUGCUCACUGGAUAUACGAGGACUUUUUUUCUGCGCAGUAACUUGCUGUAAAUGGAUCGCCAGUCCAGUUUCAUUUCCAUUUGGCUACAACUGGAACUCUGUGCCAUGGCUGUUCUUCUGACUAAAGGAGAAAUAAGGUGUUACUGUGACGCGCCGCACUGCGUAGCCACAGGAUACAUGUGCAAAUCAGAACUGAACGCCUGCUUCACCAAGGUGCUGGACCCGCUCAACGCCAACUCCCCCAUCACCCACGGGUGUUUAGACCCCGUCGCCAACGCGGCGGACGUAUGCAGCAACCAGAGGAGCGCCCAGGACGUCCUCAGCGGGGUCCCGGCGACGACGGCACUGGAGUGCUGCCACGACGACAUGUGCAACUACAGAGGCCUGCACGACCUGGCGCACCCCAGGGACUCGACAGAUCACAGCCGGUACCAGCCAGACAGCAACAACAGGAACCUGGUGACCCGGGUUCAGGAGCUGGCUUCAGCCAAGGAGGUGUGGUUCAGAGCGGCAGUGAUCGCCGUCCCCAUCGCCGGCGGCCUCAUCCUCGUCCUGCUCAUCAUGCUGGCGCUGCGAAUGCUGCGCAGCGAGAACAAGCGUCUGCAGGACCAGCGGCAGCAGAUGCUGUCGAGGCUCCACUACAGCUUCCACGGCCACCACACCAAGAAAGGCCACGUGGCGAAGCUGGACCUGGAGUGCAUGGUGCCCGUCACGGGACACGAGAACUGCUGCCUGACCUGCGACAAGAUGAGGCAGGCAGACCUGGGAAACGACAAGAUCCUGUCUCUGGUGCACUGGGGGAUGUACAGCGGCCACGGCAAGCUGGAGUUUGUAUGAUUCCUGCUGGGAACAACGUGACUGUCACCUCCCCGCAAACAGCCAGGACUGCCUCUCAAUCGUUGGCCUUUGCUUUUUGAUUUUUGUUUUUAAAC